GGAAUAUUAUUUGCACAUGUGAAGGUUUGUGGCGCGUUUUGUCUCCAAAACUGAAUUAUUUUUGCGAGGGAUGGUGACAUAUUUUUUUACAGAAGGCAGUAGUAACAGGUGUUCAGUAUGCCAUCUAGUACAGUUCCAGAUCAAGUAAAGAGGAACAUCAGGGCCGUCCUCUUGUCCAAGGUGGGCGGGGUGCUAGUCAGUGACCUUGUAAAGGACUACAAAAGUCUGCUUAAAGAAUCUCUCAGGUUCAAAGAUUUAGGCUUCUCUAACAUCAAAGAAUUUGUGGAGGCUAUUCCGGAUGUAUGCAGAUUGGAGUAUGAUGAAGGAAUCAUGGCACACAAGCUGUACGGCAUAGGAGACAAGUCUACUUACAUGUCACUCAGUCAGAAGAGAGCAGAGAAAUCUAAAUCAUGUGACAGUAGCAGGAAAACUGGGCCCCGAACAGCCCCCCGAGGACAACCCCUCAAUCCAGAUCUGUUGCCCAACAACAAGGGGCUGUAUACCCUGUGCUACCCUAGGAGUAAGGAGCCCAAGACAUUUAGUGAACAGGAUCUUGAAGAGAAGUUCAGCCGGUUUGGACACCUAGCAGAAACAAAUGUGAUUCCAGGUUUGUUCUUCCUACGGUUUUCGAACAUCGAUUCUGCUCAGGCAGCUCUAGACAGCUAUUCCCAGGAAUUAGAAAUUCGGCCAGCUGCAGAAAAAACCAGGAACCGUAACCACACUAACAGCAGGGAGAAGACGAACGCACAGAACGAAAUGAUAGUGAGCAGAAAUGGUUGUGAAUCAUCCAGUGCUGGCAUUCGUUCAUCCAGUUCCUCUACAGAUGAUAUUGAAGUGUUCGUAGGAAACAUUCCAUUUGAAUGUGACCUGAGCGCUUUUAAGGAAGAAAUUUCAUCAUUUGGUUCAUUUGAUGUCCAAAUUAAGUCAGUGAAAGGAAAUGACAAAAAGAUAUUUGCCUUUGUGAAAUUCCAUGGAAGUGAGAAAUCCCAAGCAGAAGCCCUGAUAGAAAAGUAUAAUGAGAACAUGUACAAGGGUCGGAAGUUGAAUGUAAGAUUCUCCACAAAGGAUCCUCCUCCCAAAAAUUCUUGGAAAAAGUCUGGAAGCAGAGAUACUACAGGUAAUCCGAAAUCUCAUGAUGGCAAGUUAGAAAAAGUGGAGCCAUCAUUUGAUGAACCAGAGGAGAAGUGGGAUGAAACGGAGGGAGACAAUACUGCUAGCACGUCAGUGUGGGGGGGUAUAUCACGUGAGCCCAUCACAUCCCCAGAGCCACCUCAGGCGACCAGCAUUAUAAGUGAACAGCUGACGUCUGAGAACACUCCCAUCACUGCCAUGGAGGAACUCCAUAUUAACACAGACUUCCACACCUACACAAACUUUCAGGUGACUAAGGAGACAACCAGCCCAGUGCUGUCAGUUCAUAGUCAGAGAAGUACAGGGAGUAGAAGUUCAGGCUUGGACCCCCAUCCUCAGGCUCAUAAAUCUGUUCUGAAAGGGACUAACCCCCAGCCUGCCCCUAAGGCACCGAUGUACCCAGGGAGGUAUCCGAGGCCCUUGGAGGAUUACGAUGAGAUGCCCAGUCUGGAACCUUCAGGUCCUCCACCUCUACAGCGAAUCCAACAGGAUCCACACCUCUUUAUUUCUAAUUUCCCUUAUGGUGAAAGUGACGAGGAGUUGCUAGAUUACUUCUCACAAUAUGGUGCAUAUGGAAUUAUAAUGAAGAAUAGAAAUGAUCCUAAAUUGAGCACGCGUGCUAUGGUGUAUGUUGCCAACAUUGGGGAAGCAGAAAGAGCUGUCCUGGAGUGCAAUCAGAUGUUAUACAAAGGGAGACGACUUCUGGUCAAUAUAUCUAAAUACCUUGGCGACAACACAGUGAAUUUCCUGUCUUCAUACCAUGAGAUGGACAACAUCAAAUGUACUGUAACAGCCACAGAUGGAAGAACUGCAAAGGUUGACAGGCUCUCUGAUGUAGGACCAGGAGGAGAUGUUAAUAGAAAACUCCAGCAGUACUCCAACGAAGCCACCACACAAGGGGAGACCUACACUAGGAGCUGGAACUCCCUAAUGCAGACCUACAAAAUCGUCAUGUCAACUCUACGACUUAAACCAUUCAAAAUGAGGCCUCAGACCAAAGACAUCAUCAUUUACAUCACCUCAGUUUUCGAUCAGCAUCACUUCUGGGGACAGAUUGUGGUAGACGAGACCAGCUUGAAUGCAUUGACUGAUACAAUAUGUAGACUCCAGGAAGAAGAGCACAGAAUUGGACCAACGAAAGGACUGGGACGCUGUGCUGCACUGUACAAGGAGGAAUGGUUCAGAGCAUGGGUCAUUGGGGAGAAGGCAAACCACCAACAGGUUGAUGUCUUCUUUGUGGAUUAUGGUAACAUAUCCACGGUAGACAGAAGAAAGACCAGCCUCACCACACCCUACAUCUGGGAGACCAAACCAAUACUACAGCCGUUUGUCAUAUCAGAAGGUUCGAAAAUGGCUUUGGAGGAAAAUGUUUUACUGAGUGCAUCAGUUGUGCGAUAUGGUGUGGAUGAAACUGGUUUUGUAACAGAAGUCCUUGUUCAAGGUUUGAUACAGUAGGGACAAGUCCACAGAACAGGUCCUCUAGUACAAGAUGUAUGAAGUUGUAUUAACCAGGUUCAGAUGGAGUGGAGGAAAAUCCAUUGGACUUGGCACUCUCUUUCUUGGAAAAAAAUGAAUAAUGAAAAAAUUAAAUACAAUCUUAACAAUAGUACUGUCUUAGACGGAGUUCCUGUAGAUUGUUCUUACCUCAUUAUUCGUGAGGAAUUUAUUUACAUGUAAUCUUCCACAAAAUUUUUCUUAACAGAAUUUAUGAAUGGUAGUAUUUUUUUAUAUGGACAUAUGUAUGCUUUUUCAUUGGUUUGGUUUUUUUUGUUGGUUUUUUUUUUUUUUUUUAAAUUUACUUUUAAUUAUCCCAUUGAGUAGGGUUUGGUGAUUUUUGAAAAGAAAAAAAUUUCUUAAAAAGAAGAAAGUAGUUUUUCUGAAAUUGAAGGAGUGACAGAUAAUUUCACCCCCUGUAAAUGAGGAGUUUGCAUUAUUAAUGUCGUGAGUUCAAUGAAUUUUUAAUUUGGAAUACACAGGUAUGUUGUUUGAUAAGACUUGCUCUCAGAAAAUGGAUGCUAUUAAGUAAAAUACUUCUAAGUCCAUGAGGUGUUGUAUAAAACAGAAGCACAGUUUACUGUGUGUGUACUCGCAUGUAUUUUUAAUUAGCGGGAUUCUAAUUUUAGCGAUUUUGGCAGUGAAGUAAGAGUGCUGGAUUUUAUAGCUGCACUUGAUAUGAAACUAAUCCAUUAGCAUAUGUAGAAGAAACACUCUAAAUCAGGAUUAUGCUAAACAAUGCAUCAGCUCUGACUAUGCCAAAUUUUAAAUAAGUUAAAGUAAGUGCACAUACAGUAUUUGUACAAAAAUUGUUUUGAACUUUAAAGUUUUUUAAUUAGUGGAGAGCACCACGACUGUGACAAUUUUUUGGAUGAUUUUAUUUUAAUGUUUAUUAGCCAUAUUUGUUACAAUACAUCAUCAAAUACAUUGAUUUUGAAAUUCAUACUAUUAUGAAAGGCAAAUAUGAUAUUGAAAAUAAUUCUGAUAAAGCAUAGAUUUCUUUAAUGUUUCUGGGCAUACAUAACCAGGUUACUUACAAUUUUAUAGUAUUAAGGAGGUACUCUACAUUGUCAUAAUGGCUGACUUCCUUUUAAAACAUGGAUGAAAAUAUAGAUAACCAGCAAUCUUUGUCUAUUCCUUUUCGAUUUAAUUGCAUAGCUCAGUAGGUUAGCAUGUCGACUGCUGAACUGUAGAUCACGGGUUCGAGUCCAGCAAGAGUUUUGAAAUUUUUUCUACAUUAUUUUUUUUUUUUUUUUACUAAAUAAAGUGAAUUUAACAGUUUUCAAUUUCAAAAUAUUCUACAUAUCCUCCACUUUUCAUCAAUAUCAAAUUUCUCUGGUGUAGCAUACCUCCUUAAUAUCUAAUUUAAAAGUAUGAAAUUCUAAAUUUCUCAGUGUUUUGCUGAACAUACUGGUUUUGGAGAUUAAGCUUUACACAAGUUUUGAUGUCUAUACAAUUUAUCUUGUGUAUAUGCCAUUUCUACAGUCUUAAGUGGCCUGGGAUAUAUAAUACAGGAAAUUCAAUGCUGUCCCAAGCCAAGUGGACUCCCUAAGGAAAAGAAAGUAUAUCUUUUAUAUCGUAAUAUAUAUAUAUAUAAGUAUAUGGAAAAAAAUAUCAUGGGCACUGCCCAUUGGCCCACCUCAAGUUUUGCUACUGGUUGUUGCACGAUUGAUAACAUGUUGCUUUCUUUCUUUGUCCAUCACAUUUCUGUCUGGGAUUAUCCUAUUCCAUUGUGUAAUCUUCGAGAAUCCAUUUGUUUAAGUGCGAUUCUCCCAUCAUUAAUGAGCUUAUUGAUGGAUUUACAAAUGUAAUGGGAAUUGUCUGAUCUUUUUGAAGGCGUCAUUGUUGUGAUUCUGCAAAGCCACGCCAGUUGUAAAUGAAGCAUAGGUUUCAUUUAAAUCUUUACAUAUCCUUGUCUGAUGUUUCCCAAACUCUGCAGGUGAUGCAAUUAUUUUACAGCACAUGUGCAACUGUGCAUAUGUUUUGCUGUUUAUUCUUGGCAUUUUGUACUAAAAAAAUUUCUUGUAAAUCAUCUGGGGGUUUUAACAUGGAAUUUUUUAGCUCCAAGAAGCUUUGAUGAAAUUGCUUUCUGUACACAGUAUUUGAAAUUUUAUGAAGUUUUUAUUCAAAGAAUAAAAGGAAUUUUUCCUCAUUUUAUAUGAUGUAAAGUAAGUUGGGGCAGUUUACGCAUUAUAAUCCACAAAAGAGUUUUUAAUACUUCGUAAAUUGGCGCAACUUACUUUAUAUCAUAUAAAAUGAGUAGCAAAAAUCACUUUCAUUCCCUAUAAUUUGAUUUAGAUAAACUAUGUCAUUUGAUAAACAAUUAUUUACAAAAUGUGAGUCUUUUAUGAUGUGGAGCAAUAUUGUCAUAGCAACAAAAUGGAAAUGGAGAAGGCAAAUAUAUAGUGACAUCAGGGACAUUUAAUAUAUGGUUAAUUUGUUUAUAUGAUGUAAAAAAUAUUGAUAAAAGUCUGACAAACCAAUUAAAUUGCAUUUUAUAAGUGAAUCCAAUGAAAAGAUUUCUGGUUUACCUGGUAACAAUAGUAAUCUUUAAAAAUUCAAUUUUGAUUACAUUAUGAAUUGAUAAACUGUAAAAUCCUCAUUUUUGUGGAGUUUCAUCAUUUUCUUGGCAGAAAUUCAAAUUCUUUGCAUAUUAAAAGACCUGCAGCCCAGAAAUAAUUGUAUUGGUUUUGCAGAAAUCAUAAAUUGCAUGGGGUUUUCUGUUGGUGUUUAUCUGAAGGCAUUAAUGAUUUACAUGUAAUCUCUUCCAUGGUUCUGUUAGUCUUUACAAAUCACACUGCAGUUGUAUAGCAGAAACGAAGUAAACACAAAGGACUUUGUAACCCUCAUGUUGGGGCGGCGAUGUGUUUACCUCCCAUUAAAAAAUUAUGAAUAUUGUAGAAUAUAAACAUAUAUAUAUAUAUAUAUAUAUAAAAUAGAUGUAUAUAUCUGUAUAUAAUAUGAUGUACUCUAUUAUUGCGCUCAUUCCUUGUGUAAACCUUGAGAUGUAAGCUCAAUUCCUCUUCUGUGAUGUUGUUAUGCAUCAACGUUUGUGGCUUGUGAGUCCUACUUUAUGUGCCACAUCUUCAAGUGUGCAGGUUUCUAGCUCUGUCUUCAUGUUGAUCUUUUAUUACAUCAGGAUGUUUUCUGUACAUCUCUUUAGACACCAUAACAAGAUAAUACAAAGUCUCUUGUAAUAUCAAACUGGCAAAUAUUCAUAAUUUUUCUUGCAAUUUUUUAUGCCCUCGGGAUAGUAGACUAGAUACACUUGGUUUUGGCCAGUCUCUGUGUAUCUAAAGUUUAAACCUUUCUUUAGACUUUAUAUCUGGUGAACUAAAAGGUUAUGGUUUAUGCUAUUUAAUUGCUCAAGGUUAAGUGAUUACCUGUACCUUAAAUACAACUACUUUGCAAGUUAGAAAUUUCCUGGAUUGUAUUUUUACUACCACAAUGUAUCUAUUAACUAUGUUAAGAAUUGUUCAUCUUGAAUUUUUAGAUGUAUUUUGUUUUGAACAAGCUAAGAGAAGAUUAUUGAAAUUUAAAAAUAAAGUUACCUUCAUUUAAGAAAA